CCAUUAUUUUUUUCUCUAUGAUUAUGAUUUCAAAAGUAGAGAACAGAGAGAAGCAUCCAAAAUCAUAUUCUUUAUUCAAUCAGGGCCGGCUCUGAAUUUCCUCUCUCUCUCUCUCUCGCUCUCUAAUAUUGCUCUGUUUCAUACAUUCCUUCCUGGGAUCUUUUGCAGCAAAGACGAGUAGACAUGGCAGUGGUGGGAAUCUUCGUCUCUCCCUUGCUAAAAGCUGUGAUUAACAAGCUGUUGUCCUCUGAUUUAAUCGACUUGGCACGUCAAGGCGGUGUCGACACUUCCAUCAAGAAGCUAAAGAAGUCAUUUGAAGAUAUAAAUGAUGUUCUUGCUGAUGCAGAGGACAAGCAGAUAUCCGACAAGUCUGUCAAUAAGUGGCUGAAAGAGCUCCAGCAUUUGGCUUACGAUGCGGACGAUGUGUUGGACGAGUUUGCCACUGAAGUUCUACGCAAGAAGCUGAUCAUGGCAGAUGCUGAUGUUGGUGAGGCCAGCACUAGUAGUAAGGUACGACGAUUCCUCCUUCCUACUUGUUGCACUGGUUUUACUCCAACUCCGAUUUCAUUCAAUUUCGCAAUUGGGUCUAAGUUAAAGGAGACCAAUGGUCAGUUACAAGAUGUUACUACAAGAAUUAAGGAACUUGGUUUGGUCAAAAGGGCUAUUGGGGGGAUGAAGUCUACAAAUGUGUUGCAGAGACCAGAAACUACAUAUUUGGUGAAAGAGCCUUGUGUUUAUGGCAGAGAAGAAAAGAAAAAACAGAUUAUUGAAUUGCUUCUCAGAGAUGCAGCAACUCAAAACAAAGUCGAUGUCAUUCCCAUCACCGGCAUGGGUGGGAUUGGCAAGACUACUCUGGCUCAACUCAUUUGCGAUGAUAAUGGUGUCAAAAACCAGUUCGAUCUGAAAGCGUGGGUUUGUGUAUCUGACGAGUUUGACGUUAAGAGAAUAACAAAGGCAAUUCUGGAGUCAUUCACUCUCGCUCCAUGCAAUUUGACAGAGUUAAGUGCCCUUCAACGUGAACUUGAGGACACACUGACAGGAAAAAAGUUUUUGCUUGUCCUAGAUGAUGUGUGGAACCAUAGAUAUGAAGAGUGGAGUUUACUACAAUCUCCGUUUCUUCGAGCCGGAGCACAUGGAAGUAAAAUCAUUGUGACAACACGAAUCACGACUGUUGCGCAACAGGUGGGUACAACUGAACACCACGAUUUGAAAGAGUUAUCACCUGAUGAUUGCUGGUCAAUCUUUGCCCAACAUGCAUUCAAGAAUAUAAAUAUUAGUGAACAUCCAGAAUUGGAAUCAAUUGGUAGGCAAAUUGUUGCUAAGUGCGGAGGCUUGCCACUGGCAGCAAGGGCUCUCGGUGGCUUAUUACAAUGUAACCAAAAUGAGCAUGAAUGGAAAAUGGUACUAACUAGCAAUAUAUGGGAUAAACCAUACGAGGAAAGCCACAUUCUCCCAUCACUAAAAUUGAGCUAUCAUCAUCUCCCUUCCCAUUUGAAGAGGUGCUUUGGUUAUUGUGCAAUUGUCCCAAAGGAUUACGAAUUUGGGAAGGAUGAAUUAGUCUUGUUAUGGAUGGCAGAAGGUUUAAUUGAACACCCAGAAAAUGGAGAACAAAUAGAAGAUGUUGGCCGUAGGUAUUUUCACGAAUUGGUGUCUAGGUCAUUUUUCCAAUUGUCAAGGCAUGAUGAAUUGCUAUUCAUAAUGCAUGACCUCAUCAAUGAUUUGGCUCAAGCAGUUACAGGGGACAUCUGUUUUAGGUUGGAGAAUAAUUUAGAGGGUGGCAAGCAGAACAAGAUUUCAGGCAAAGCUCGACAUUCAUCUUAUGUUGGUAGUGAAUAUGAAGGAAUCAGAAAAUUCAAAGCUUUCGAUGAUGCCAGAUGCUUACGAACCUUCUUAAGGUUUUCGCCGAGUGUAUUCAACUACACAACAAGGUACUUGAUUCAUGAUUUGUUGCCAACGUUAAAGUGCUUACGUGAGUUGCGUUUUUAUUGUUAUGGGAUUGAUGAACUACCAGAUUCCAUUGGAGAUCUAAAGCAUCUACGGUACCUUGAUGUAUCCCAUUCGCGAAUUAGGAAGUUACCUGAUUCGGUGGUAACUCUCUACAAUUUACAAGUCUUGUUUUUGAAAUUUUGUGUUAAACUUGAGAAGUUGCCUCUAAACAUGGGGAGGCUAGUGAACUUGCGCCAUUUUGACAUGACUGGUGUGGAUAUUCUAUCAUCAGAAAAGAUGUCGCUACAUAUAGGUAAAUUAACUAAUCUCCAAACAUUGUCAAAUUUUAUAGUGGGUAACGAUUGUGGGCGUAAAAUAGGAGAGUUGAAAAGCUUAUCACACAUUCGAGGGGCAAUACACAUAUCAAGAAUGCAGAAUGUCAAUGGUGUUAAGGAUGCAAUAGAUGCCAAUUUAAUGUCUAAGGAGAAGUUAAAAGAGUUAUCACUAGAAUGGGAUGAAUCUCGUAGUUCACAGAAUGACAUAGUUGAGAGGGAUGUGCUUGACGUGAUGAGGCCUUUCAAAUUUUUGGAACGACUCACCAUCAGUGGGUAUCGUAGUACAAAAUUUCCAAACUGGGUUGGAGAUGUUUCAUUCUCUAAAAUGGUAUUCAUGCGAUUAGAAGGUAGUAAAUAUUGCACAUCAUUGCCACCACUUGGACAACUGCCCGUGCUUAAAGACCUUUACAUUGAAGGAAUGAGUACAAUAAAGUGCCUUGGUUGUGAGUUCUAUGGGCAGCAGUGUGGUGCCAAACCUUUCCCCUCUCUAGAGAGACUGAGCUUUGAGUUUAUGACAGAAUGGGAGGAUUGGUCUGCUUUUGAAACAGAGGGAGUUCAGCCUAAUUUUUUUGGGUGGUUAAAAUUAGUUGGAUUUUUGUUUGUUAGGUAA